UCGAAAAAUAUAAAAACCAGCAGAAAUUUAGGAGUGCUGUUAAAAUUUGUUACACUGGCUUUAUGGAUCACAUUGGUCCGUGCCAAAAGCCCCCCAAAAUGAAAAAAAAAAAAAUUUGUUACAAUUAAUGGCAUGAUUAGUGAGCGGAAUCGUAUCACUACAGGAUUUGCAAAUGGAUUUCGAAACCAUCUGUCGGCUCUGCCUGGAGAACAAAUCAAACCUACAGCCCAUCCACCAGAAGCAUCUACAGGGAACGCUAGCCGACCUGCUCGAGGAAAUAGUACGCAUUCAGGUGUAUUCCAAUGAUGGACUGCCGCAACAGGUAUGCGAAGAAUGUUCAGAUGAUAUGCGUGAAGUCCAAAAGACGAUCAGGCGAGUUCAAGAGAAUGAUUUGGAACUGCGGAGGCAGUUGAACGAUACGCAAAAACACGUCCCACUAGUGGACAUUAAAGAGGAGGAAAUUGAACUAGAAAUGCUAAACAGUUCCUCCCAACAGGAUCUCUUUGUGAAGGAAAUCAAUAAGACCGAGUUGAAGGAAGAGUCUGAUGCUUCUGAAGAGAUGCACGAAGAAUACCUUAACGAAGAAGAACUUGAACAAAGCGACGAGGAAUACGAAGAAAUUGUUAAAGUAUCCAAGAGAGGCAGACGAGCCAAACCCAGAAAAGUUGUUCAAAAACGAAAGACACGAAAGCGACGGCAGGUGAAAUGCGAAACUCCUGACAACAGCGACGAAAGCCCAGAACCGAAAACAAAACGAAAACCAGGACGUAAGCGGACGCGACUGUUGUUUCACGAUCGUCCACGAAGAACUGACCAUAAGUGUUAUAUGUGCAACGGUGAACAGAUGGAAUCGGCCGAGGCACUUGUAGCACAUCUUAACGAUCAUCGGGAUCUGAUACCCUACACGUGCAAUCAGUGUGUUAUGGAAAAAGUUGUCCUUAUCGAUACAACUGCAAUCAACAAUCACUUGCUCAUGCACCGCAAACCAUACAAAUGUCCGCACUGUGAUCGGCACUACAGCGACACCAAUUCGCUAGAUCUGCACAUGCAAAAGAUUCAUCCAGAGGAAACCGGAAAGCACGAACCCCAUUUUUGCGAAGUUUGUGGCGUUGAGUUCCCAACCAAGUUGGUCCUGCAGCAUCAUUUGCGUACCCACACCUACGUCUUUAGCUGUCAGUACUGCGGCAAAAUGUUCAAGGGAAAGCGCCAUCUGAAUCGGCACAUCAGUUCGGUUCAUGAACCAACUGAACCUCAGCACGAGUGUAUGCUGUGCCACAAGAAGCUGAAACGGUUAGAUGCGCUGAGAUCUCACAUGAGAACUAUGCACUCGGAGCAGGAAUUUCAGUGUCGAUUCUGUUCGAAGAAAUUCAAUUCAAUCAAUUAUGUGCGAUUGCACGAGAAACGCCACGAGAACGGCAAAUAUCAACCCGCUCAACGUUGGACCGAAUAUUACGACGAAGUGCUUGAUCCGGGAAAACCAAAGCCCAAAAAUCCAGGAGAUAGGCGAUUCAAAUGUCGACUCUGUAACGCGGUCAUCAAACAAGUUGGGUCCCACAUGCGCAACGCACACUUUCCAGAGCAGCACAGCUGCGAAAAGUGUGGCGACGUGUUUCGAAAUCGAAAGCUGCUGCAAAUUCACGUUCUGGAACAUGAACAAGGUCCGGCCCAUCAGUGCCCCAUUUGCGCCAAACAAUUCUCGCUGAAGAAAAAUCUAAUCGUGCAUCUGCGAACCAAAAUGCACGCUGGACAUCCUUUGACGGAAUCGCUAGAUUGGUUGGUCGGACAACCGAGGGGAAGCGGAUCCAGGUUAAGAACUGAAAGUAGUGAUAAGAGCAAAAUCGAAAUGGAUACAGUCAUCGAUUUUUCCCAAGCCGAAGAAUGUCUUGUCCAUGAAACUGAGCAGCAUGGUGAAUGUUUUGAUUGAGUAAAUAACUAUUUCAGUUCUGUAAUGUUUCGUCGAUAAAAUAAAUAAACUUCG